CGACCGGGAAGUCGGCGGGCGCUGGGCGGCUGCCGGGCGCGGGGGCAGAUCGCGUUUUGCCGCAAGGAGGCGAAAGGAUUGAAGCCGGUUCGCAUUUUUGACUCCCUCGACAGACGUAUGAGGGGCCUAGUUCCGAAAUCGCAGGUCUGCAAUGAAGAAGAGGAGAAAGGUCCCUGCAAAUCUCGAUGAGAAGAUCCGCCUCGGUCAACGGAAAGAUUCUUCAGAUGGCCGAGUCCCAGUAGGCCCGGAUCGAACCGCCGUCACCCCUUCUGCGGAAGAGUCCGCCCCUGAGGAUCCCGAGUGUCGUCAAGAGUGCCCGCCUUCACCCGAUCAGAGAAAACUUCUCAGUUCCCUGCAGUACAAUAAAAAUCUACUGAAGUACUUAAACGACGACAGGCAGAAGCAGCCGUCCUUCUGUGACUUACUGAUAAUAGUAGAAGGAAAAGAAUUCAGCGCCCAUAAAGUCGUCGUCGCCGUCGGCAGCAGUUACUUCCACGCCUGCCUGAGUAAAAAUCCAAGCACAGAUGUGGUCACGGUGGAUCACGUCACGCAUUCGGUUUUUCGGCAUCUGCUCGAGUUCUUGUACACCUCGGAAUUUUUCGUGUAUAAGAAUGAGAUCCCCUUAGUGCUAGAGGCCGCCAAGUUUCUGGACAUCAUCGAUGCCGUCAAAGUGUUAAAUAACGAGCACGCCUCCGCUUUUCAACCAGAGGAAGCGGCCGAAAGGUUCUCGCCGCCGGAAACCGCGAGCGAACUGCCGGGCAAGCUGGCGAGUGGUCACCAGUGCAGAUUUUGCAGCCGAAAUUUCUGUUACAAGAAGUCCUUAGAGAACCAUUUAGCCAAGACUCACAGAUCCCUCUCCUUCGGGAAGAAACAUGGCUUAAAAAUGCUGGAGAGAGGCUUUUCGUCCCGAAGGUCCACGAGAAGUCGCAAGUGCCCCGUGAAAUUCGAUAAUAGCGAUAACGAAAGCGGAGACGCUUCCGACGACUUGGAGGGAAUCGGUUCCGACAAGGAGAGAUCUGAUAAAAAUGACUCUGAGGACCCCGGGAGUGAGAUUAACGUGGAUGAAGACGGACAGGAGGAGGAAAUAUCGGAUGACUACUCUGAAACCGAGGAGCGGAGCGAAAAGGAGCGCGUCGACGCGGAAGAGGAGCCCGAGAUUGCCGACGCCGUUGGAAACAUUCCCGACGGAUUAACUCCGAUUGUCGUGCAGAGCAGUAACAAAAAAAUCCUGCAGUGUCCCAAGUGUGGCAAAACGUUCGAUCGGACAGGGAAAUAUGAGAGUCACACCCGGGUACACACGGGCGAGAAGCCCUUUGAAUGCGAUAUUUGUCACCAGCGCUACUCAACAAAAUCCAACCUAACGGUUCACAGGAAGAAACACAAUAACGACAAGGAAUUUCAUAAGAAAGAGCACAAAUGUCCCUUCUGUAAUAAACUUCACGCAAGCAAAAAGACUUUAGCCAAGCACGUCCAGAGAUUUCAUCCAGAAAAUGUACAAGAAUUCCUUUCUAUCAAGAAGACUAAAAGUGAAGGUUGGCGAUGCGACAUUUGUAAGAAGUCUUUCACCCGAAGACCACACUUAGAGGAACAUAUGAUUCUUCACACUCAGAACAAACCUUUCAAGUGUACCUAUUGCGAAGAGCACUUCAGAUCUCGGUUUGCGCGAUUAAAGCACCAAGAGAAGUUCCACCUCGGACCAUUUCCAUGUGAUAUCUGUGGGCGCCAGUUCAAUGACACUGGAAAUCUGAAACGCCAUAUAGAAUGUACUCAUGGCGGCAAGAGGAAAUGGACUUGUUUUAUUUGUGGAAAAUCAGUGAGAGAAAGAACAACUUUGAAAGAGCACCUGAGAAUUCACAGUGGUGAAAAACCUCAUCUUUGUAGCAUCUGCGGGCAGAGUUUUCGACAUGGAAGUUCCUACAGACUUCACUUGCGAGUCCACCACGAUGAUAAGAGAUAUGAAUGUGAUGAAUGUGGAAAAACAUUUAUUCGUCAUGACCAUUUAACAAAGCACAAAAAAAUACAUUCAGGUGAAAAAGCACAUCAGUGUGAGGAAUGUGGAAAAUGUUUUGGUCGUAGGGAUCACCUCACUGUUCAUUACAAAAGUGUUCACCUUGGAGAGAAGGUGUGGCAAAAAUACAAAGCCACAUUUCAUCAAUGUGAAGUUUGUAAGAAGGUUUUUAAAGGCAAAUCGAGUUUGGAAAUGCAUUUUAGGACGCAUUCAGGUGAAAAACCGUACAAAUGUCAAAUUUGUAACCAACCUUUUAGAAUCAAGAAAACUCUAACGAAACACAUGGUUAUCCAUUCUGACGCCCGGCCUUUCAACUGUCAGUACUGCAACGCGACGUUUAAACGGAAAGACAAAUUGAAGUACCACAUCGACCACGUGCACGGCAUCAAAUCUGCGGACGAGACGCUCGCUUCUGCUUCCGAGGAGAAACUGGCCCCCUUGCCAGUGGAGUAUACGGCCGAUGGCAAAUCUUACCGAACAGAGACGAAACCGUACCCACAGCAGCCGAAGGAUUAUCAGUCCGAGCCCAAAACUCUGUUAGAGAACGUGCCCGCCGAAGUCUGCGUGCCGGUGGCCCUGGUACCCGUCCCGAUGCCCGACGCUCAGACCGAUUUAGUGCGUCAUACCACCAGCCUCCCACCUCCUCCCGCUCACGGUAUCCUCCCUCCUCAGCCGCAACCCUCGGACUAUCCGCGGGCGUCGGAUUUGGCGUUUUUGGAAAAAUACACCCUCACUCCCCCGCCUGCAAAUAUAGUCCAUCCCGUCCGGCCAGAACAGAUGCUAGACCCCCGAGACCAGUCGUACCUCGGGACGCUCUUGGGGCUCGAUACGGCGCCUUCCGGGCAGAACGUUUCCGACGGUGGACGUGAGUCAUGAUCAGACAUUCCGGAAGAAAAACCUUCUGGCGGUGUACGGUGCCGGUGGCUACUCUAGUCGAAUAAGGCUGCUACAGUUUGCAUUUUCUCUGGCCUCCCGGGGCCUCCAAAGCGUUGGAUGGAGAUCGCGAGAUAGGCACGUGUAUAUAUGAACCCGAGAGGACACAUUUUGGUGCAUAAUAUUUAAAGUGUAUAUCUUGUGAUUUGAAAGAUUUUCAAAUAUUUUAGAUGUUAACUUUUUA